GUCACUUUCAGGCGCGUACGGCGGCGCGGCGGUUUGCUAUUGGUGUUCGGACUCCGUGGUCCUUCGUGAGCCAUGGAGAGUGACUUUUAUCUACGUUACUAUGUGGGUCACAAGGGCAAGUUCGGCCACGAAUUCCUGGAAUUCGAGUUCCGACCAGAUGGGAAAUUGCGAUACGCCAACAACAGCAAUUAUAAAAAUGAUGUCAUGAUCAGAAAAGAGGCUUACGUACAUAAAAGUGUGAUGGAGGAACUGAAGAGAAUAAUUGAUGACAGUGAAAUUACCAAAGAGGAUGAUGCUCUGUGGCCUCCUCCUGACCGAGUGGGCCGGCAGGAGCUUGAAAUCGUCAUUGGAGAUGAACACAUUUCUUUCACAACAUCAAAAAUUGGCUCCCUUAUUGAUGUCAAUCAAUCCAAGGACCCAGAAGGCUUACGAGUAUUUUAUUAUCUUGUCCAGGACCUGAAGUGUUUGGUCUUCAGUCUUAUUGGAUUACAUUUCAAGAUUAAACCAAUCUAGACUGAAUGUUGGUGUGGACACGAGGGGGGCGGGCAGAGCUGCUUUUUCAUUACCAUUAUUAGGAGAUUUUUGUGUAUAUGAGGCCAAUAUUUUUUUAUAAACUAUAUAUGAUUGUGUCUAAUAAAUAUGUAACAAAAGACAAUUUAAUCAUUUUUAAAGA